AGGAUCGUGAACUGUUGAGGAGGAUCACUGCAUUCAGUGCCGAAAUGCCGUUGUCGCUGGCGGUGCCCAAUUCGACCGACAUCGACAGUCUACAGCGCAGUAGCUUCGGCGGACAGUUGGCUGACGGUGAUCCAAGUAAUCGCAAUGCAUCCGACAAAACAAAAUGUAUUCAAAUCCUCGGGGCCCAAAAUGAAGCGCUCAUUAAGCACUUCACACACGUCACACAAAGCUUCCUGGCGCCAUUGGAGAAGUACUUCGCAUCGCUCAUUCCGUUACAAAAGAAAGUAACGGCGUGGCGACCCAUCCCCAAAAUCCAAAACUUCAAUAAACGUGAUGUGCUGAAACUGAUAGCCACAGCAGAGCCACACGGGCUGACGCUGACCCGCAAUGCUGAUAUAGUCGCCUUGUACAGUGAGUUCAUGGCCUGCCCCAAUUUUGAUCGAUGGCUGAAAACAAAGGUGAAGCGGGCCAACGAGGCAAUGUGGACGUACUACAUAUCACAACUUGAGACCGCCGAUGUGACUGAGUUUAUGACGGGCCACAGCGAGAUCGAAGCCGUGGAUUUAAUAUUAAGGCUGAAGGAGAUGUCUGAAAUGCGCAAUGAGUUGAUAACUGAUAAUGUAGUAAAAUUAAUGAGAGGUCAUGCUGAGACUAUUGAGGAGGGGCUGCCAGAUGAUUUGAGGCAGUCGAUAGUGCACCGAUAAGUAGCCAUGGAUUAGUAGGUUUUUUAUAAAAUAGAAUGAAUAUAGGUGAAUGAAUAAUGAUUAAAAUGAAUGAUGUGAAUCAGGGUUGAAGACUUCGGAACAGCACACUUAGGUAGUCUCGCUCUUGUAAUUGCGCAUCUAGAUAAAUUGGUAUAUUC